CCUAGGCCCAGCUGUGUGCUCUAUAAGCGAUCUUGUAGCUGCCCAUGUCCCUGCAGGGCAGGCAGACCCUGUUUCAGAUUAUUUAAAGCAUGAAAAUGAACCCAUUCUUGAAUACUUGGAUCUAGAAGAACUUCCUGAUUCCGAUGAGCCAGUUUAUAUUUUGGGAAAGCAAUAUGACAUGAAAACAGAGAAAUGUAAUCUCCAGUCAGAUAUCGUUUCCCGUUUGUGGUUUACAUAUAGGAAAAAAUUCUCUCCUAUUGGAGGAACAGGCCCCUCUUCUGAUGCAGGAUGGGGAUGCAUGCUCAGGUGUGGACAGAUGAUGCUGGCUCAGGCUCUUAUAUGCCAGCACCUAGGAAGAGAUUGGCGGUGGGAGAAACACAAAGAGCACCCAGAAGAGUAUCGCCAAAUCCUGCAGUGUUUUUUGGAUAGAAAGGACUGUUGUUAUUCUAUUCAUCAAAUGGCACAGAUGGGCGUGGGAGAAGGAAAGUCUAUAGGCGAAUGGUUUGGACCAAACACAGUGGCUCAGGUCUUAAAGAAACUUGCUUUAUUUGAUGAGUGGAAUUCACUCGCUGUCUACGUUUCCAUGGAUAACACUGUUGUCAUUGAAGACAUCAAGACCAUGUGUAAGUACCAGCCACACAGCUGCAGCAUGGCGCAGGCUGCCUCCUAUCAAAGCACCUGGAGCAGAUGUAGAGACGCAUCAGGACAAAGCUCAGGAUGGAGGCCACUGCUGCUUAUCGUGCCUCUCCGUCUAGGGAUAAACCACAUCAAUCCUGUAUAUGUUGAUGCUUUUAAGGCAUGCUUUAAAAUGCCCCAGUCAUUAGGAGCUUUAGGAGGAAAACCAAAUCAUGCCUAUUAUUUUAUAGGGUUUUCAGGAGAUGAAAUAAUCUACUUGGAUCCUCAUACCACGCAGACGUUUGUAGACACCGAGGACCAGGACCAGACGUACCACUGCCAAAAAGGCCCUAACAGUAUGAAGGUUUUGAAUCUGGACCCUUCAGUAGCAUUGGGCUUCUUUUGUAAAGAUGAAAAUGAUUUCGAUAACUGGUGUGAAGUGAUAGAAAAGGAAAUUCUAAAACAUCAGAGUUUACGGAUGUUUGAAUUAACACCAAAGCAUCCCCCUCACUGGCCACCUUUUAUACCUCCGACAAAACCAGAAGUGACCACUACCGGAGCAGAACUCAUUGAGUCUACUGAUAAACUGUUUGACGUAGAAGAAGAGUUUGAGAUUCUGAGUGUUUAAUGCAAUCUCGGUCGGAUUCUGUCACCUUACGCAAGCAAGCUUUUCUAACCAGAAAGUGCCUCAGACCUCAUGGAGAGCAGAGCACAGUACCAAACCCCUUGCCAGGAUUCUGUGGAAUGAGUAGAAAACUCCAUGAGUCGAAAGGAUGGAAGGCCCCCUUCCAGUUCCUUGUGUGAACCUAUCUCAAUUUAGAGGGUAUACAUGCAAUACACAGUGUUUACAUUUUCCCUCCGUGCAUCCCAUGGGCGGUGAAUGGAGAUAGCAGUGAGACACUUGCGAUGUAGUACAAGUAAAGGUUUAUGCAGUACUUUACUAGCUGCAAGCCUCCAAAAGCAUACCUUUUUUAUAAAUCAUUGUUUUUAACAUGUUAAAUGCUGGAUAUAUUUAUACUGUAUAUGUAUUCUUUAUGUGUGAGCUAAUACCAUCCCUGCAGGGGAGUUUUCAGUGUCUACCAAAGGGCUAGUCAUUAUGCAGCCUUUUAACUGGUGGUGUGCUACAGUAAGUGCCAUCAAUGGCUGAAUAUGGUUUGAGUAGUAGUGCAACAACAGCAGUCAUGGGAGUAAUGGGAAUCCAUGCACUAACGUCUCGUACUAACUAUUAUUUUUACUAUAACUUCCAGAGGACCUUCAGUCUUACAGAAGGCUGUGUAAAGCUGUAUUACAGAUGUCUGCGCACAGCCUGUAUUGGUUCAUUUAACUGUUGCCGUUUUAAGUCAUUUUCAGAAACCGUUGUUAUUGUUGUGAUGGUUUAUUUCACUUUUGCCAAGUAGCUUACUUGCACACAGUGGUAUGGGCAUAAGGAAAAUAGAAGCAUAUCUUAUACUUCUGGACUUACUCAGUGUAACCCUAAGAUAUGCCGUAGGUUAUCAGAACAGUUAAACCAUGUAAACAACAAGCAUGGUUCAUUCACAGUUUCCUUCCAUAUUUAUACUUAUAGGUAAGUGUAAAUGCCCUUUUUUAAAGCCGCAUGAGGGCAUUGCUAGAUAGUGUUAUCAUUUAUUUAUUUUGAAAUCUGAAUUUAUACAACAGAUUUUCUCUAGUAGCACUUUUGCCUUUAGAUCCAUUCAAAAGCAUUAUGGUGGCAUUAUACAGCUGUUGGUUUUGUUAGCCAGCACUUCAGUAUUGUUGUUUUCACUCUCACAAGAACAAAUCUGCCACUGAUUUUUAAUAAAGGAAUAAUGUUUAAAUUGA